CUUGGAUUCGGGUCACUACUUUCAUGGAACAGUAUGCUUACGGUUGGGGAUUACUACCUCAAAUUGUUCCCGAAAUACCACCCUUCAAGGGUUCUCACAGUCAUUUACCUACCCUUCGCCCUGGGAACCAUGUCGAUCCUCGCGUAUAACGAGUCGAGGAUCAACACUAGGACAAGGAACAUAGCUGGAUAUCUACUCUUCUUCGCCGGCACUCUCAUGCUACUUGUUCUGGAUUUCGCGACAUCGGGAAAGGGAGGAGCUGGGCCGUUUGUUGGCAUUUGCUUGAUCGUUGUGUCAUUUGGGGUUGCAGAUGCUCACGUUCAAGGUGGAAUGGUGGGAGAUUUGUCGUUCAUGUGCCCUGAAUUCAUGCAGUCCUUCUUUGCUGGUUUGGCUGCGUCAGGAGCCAUGACUUCAGCGUUAAGGUUGAUCACCAAAGCAGCAUUCGAAAAUGCCAACAAUGGACUCCGAAAAGGAGCUCAGCUGUUUCUAGCGAUUGCCACAUUCGCAGAGUUCCUGUGCUUCCUACUCUAUGCGUUCUACGUGCCAAAGCUGCCGAUAGUGAAGUACUACCGCGCCAAGGCAGCUAAAGAAGGAUCGAAGACGGUUUCAGCCGACCUUAAAGCUGCUGGCAUUCAUACUCAUUCUGAACAGGGGGAGGACACCAAACUGAUUGAACGGCUGAACAACAAGCAAUUGAUAGCCCAGAACAUAGACUAUGCCAUGGACUUGUUCUUCAUCUAUGUCCUGACUGCGUCAAUCUUCCCCGGGUUCCUCUCCGAGGACACAGGCACCCACCGAUUGGGUUCAUGGUACAUACCUGUGUUGAUUGCAGUGUACAAUACUUGGGAUUUGGUGGGGAGAUACGUGCCACUGAUCGAGUGCAUCAAGUUGACCUCGCGAAAGUGGGUUAUGAUCGCGAUCCUGUCUCGAUUCCUACUCAUCCCUGCGUUCUACUUCACGGCCAAGUAUGGCGGUCAAGGGUGGAUGCUCUUCGUCACAUCGUUUUUAGGGCUCACCAAUGGCUACUUGACCGUUUGUGUCAUGACCGUGGCUCCAAAGGGCUACAAGGGUCCGGAGCAGAAUGCACUGGGCAAUCUGCUCGUGCUGUUCUUGAUGACUGGUAUUUUUGCAGGCGUGACCCUUGAUUGGUUGUGGCUGAUUGGGAAGAAAAACGCCUUCUGAAGAAAGCUCAAAGCAAGCGUCAGCAAGAAAGGAAACUUGCUUUUCUGUUUCAAAGGGGGAGUUAAGGGCCUGUUGGGCCCGGUUGCGAGAGAUACUACCAAGUAUAACAGAUAGGGCUGAGUCAUUGAUAGAGAAACCAUGUGGGCUCACCAAAAUAGAGCAACGUUAUUGGGCCCUUGCGCGCGAAUGAGUCAUCGCAUAUAUUGUGGACCGAAACGGUGUAUACGUGGCGAGUUUUUAUAUCAGGUGGAUUUCACUAUAUUUGGGAUUCGGCUCGUGUGGAC